CCACAAUAGAAAGAGAUGAAGAAGGAGGAAGGAUAAAGCGGGGUGGGUGUGUGCAGAAAGUGAGAAAUCCGCCUAGUGCUGGGGGCUUGCUCUGGCAAUAUCUGCAUGUGGUUUCCCAGAAACUCUUCCGACACACGGACGGAUCUGUCAUUGGCUGUGUAAGAUUGGUGGAGAUUAUGCAGACUGGAGAGGCUUUUGCCAAGGACUUUUUGUGCCUGUUCGUCGCUGGUUGUUUUUUCCGUUUUUUAAAUUAAAUUAUAUCUGGACACAAGGUAUCUCUGCUGCGACCCAACAGAGACAGCUGUGAGGGGUAACUUGAGGGUGCUAGCAGCACAGGAACCUCAGUCCAUGAUCAUGGCACCCAGUGAGUUGGUUUUCUUUGUCAACGGCAAAAAGGUGGUGGAAAAGAAUGCAGAUCCAGAGACAACACUCUUGGUUUAUCUGAGAAGAAAAUUGGGGUUAAGUGGGACCAAACUUGGCUGUGGAGAAGGUGGCUGUGGGGCCUGCACCGUAAUGCUGUCCAAGUACGAUCGGCUCAAGAAUAAAAUUGUCCACUUUUCUGUCAAUGCCUGUUUGGCCCCUAUCUGCUCCCUACACCAUGUUGCUGUGACAACUGUGGAAGGAAUAGGAAGUACCAAGACCAGGCUGCAUCCUGUCCAGGAGAGAAUCUCCAAAAGUCAUGGCUCUCAGUGUGGCUUUUGCACCCCUGGCAUUGUCAUGAGCAUGUAUACUCUGCUCCGGAACAACCCUGAGCCCACAGUGGAAGAAAUUGAGAAUGCUUUCCAAGGGAACUUGUGCCGUUGUACGGGCUACAGACCUAUCCUUCAGGGCUAUAGGACAUUUGCCAAGGAUGGGGGAUGCUGUGGAGGAAAGGGAGAGAAUCCAAACUGCUGCAUGAAUCAAAAAGAAAAUAGCACGUUAUAUCUCUCAUCAUCUUUGUUUAAUCCAGAGGAAUUCCUGCCAUUAGAUCCUACCCAAGAGCCUAUCUUCCCACCAGAGUUAAUGAGACUGAAAGAUGAGCCCCAGAAGCAACUGUGUUUCCAAGGAGAGCGAGUAAAAUGGAUCCAGGUUGCCACCCUGAAGGAACUGGUGGAACUGAAGUCCCAGCAUCCAGAUGCCAAGCUGGUGGUGGGGAACACUGAGAUUGGUAUUGAGAUGAAAUUUAAGAACAAGCUAUUCCCUCUAAUAGUCUGCCCGACUUGGAUUCCUGAAUUGAAUUUUGUGGAGCGUGGCCCAGAAGGCAUUUCCUUUGGGGCAGCCUGCCCUCUGACUGAAGUGGAGAAAGCCUUAGUUGCUGCCAUAGCUGAGCUCCCAUCCUACCAGACAGAAGUGUUCAAAGGGGUCCUGGAGCAGCUGCGUUGGUUUGCUGGAAAACAGGUCAAGUCUGUGGCGUCCAUUGGGGGGAAUGUCAUCAAUGCCAGCCCAAUUUCUGACCUCAACCCCGUUUUCAUGGCCAGCGGAGCCAGAGCAACUCUUGUGUCAAAAGGGACCAGGAGGACUGUUAGGAUGGACUACAAUUUUUUUCCUAGUUACAGAAAGACACUUUUAAGUCCGGAAGAGAUACUGCUUUCCAUUGAGAUUCCCUACAGCCGGAAGGGGGAAUAUUUCUCAGCCUUCAAACAAGCCUCUAGAAGGGAAGACGACAUUGCUAAAGUAACCUGCGGAAUGAGGGUUUUAUUCCAACCAGAAAGCUUCCAAGUCCAGGAGCUGGAUAUCAGUUUUGGAGGCAUGGCUGAUAAAACCAUCCCAGCCCUGAAAACCACGAGGAAGCAGGAAGGGAGAGCAUGGAAUGAGGAACUGCUUCAGGAUGUUUUAACCAGCCUCGCUGAGGAGCUGAGCUUGGCACCUGAUGCCCCCGGUGGAAUGGUUGAGUUCCGACGCACACUCACUCUCAGCUUCUUCUUUAAAUUCUACUUGACGGUGCUUCAGAAACUGGGGGAAGAAAAUGCAGAGAAAUGUGAUAAACUGGAUCCAACUUGUGUCAGUGCCACUUCACUUUUUCAAAAAGAGCCUCCCACCAAUGUUCAGCUCUUCCAAGAAGUUCCUAAGGGACAGGAUAAAGAUGACAUGGUGGGCCGGCCCAUUCCCCACCUCUCUGCUGCCAUGCAGGCCUCAGGGGAGGCUGUGUACUGUGAUGACAUCCCCCUCUAUUCCAACGAACUUUGCCUUCGAUUAGUCACCAGCACCAAGGCUCAUGCCAAAAUCAAAUCCAUAGAUACUUCAGAAGCUCAGAAAGUCCCUGGAUUUGUUUGUUUUCUCUCAGCUGAUGAUAUUCCUGGGAGUAAUGAAACUGGAUUAGCUAAUGAUGAAACUGUCUUUGCUAAGCAUACGGUCACUUGUGUGGGACACAUCAUUGGGGCUGUGGUCACAGAUACCCCAGAACAUGCACAGAGAGCAGCUCAAGCUGUUAAAAUUACCUAUGAGGAACUGCCAGCCAUUAUCACAAUUGAGGAUGCAAUAAAAAACAAUUCCUUCUAUGGUGCAGAGAUCAAGAUUGAGAAAGGAGACCUCAAAAAAGGUUUUGCUGAAGCUGAUAAUAUUGUUUCAGGAGAGCUGUAUAUUGGUGGGCAGGAACACUUCUACUUAGAGACUCACUGCACCAUUGCUGUCCCAAAAGGUGAAGCAGGAGAGAUGGAGCUCUUUGUGUCUACCCAGAACACAAUGAAGACUCAGAGUUUUGUUGCCAAAGUUUUGGGUGUCCCAACAAAUCGCAUUGUAGUUCGAGUAAAGAGAAUGGGAGGAGGUUUUGGAGGGAAGGAGACCCGGAGCACAGUAUUGUCUACAGCAGUUGCUUUGGCUGCAUACAAGACUGGCCGCCCUGUACGUUGCAUGCUGGAUCGAGAUGAAGACAUGUUGAUAACUGGUGGGAGACACCCAUUUAUGGCCAGAUAUCAGGUUGGCUUCAUGAAGACUGGGAAGAUUGUGGCCCUAGAAGUUGAACACUACAGCAAUGCAGGAAAUACUUUAGACCUCUCUGAGAGUAUCAUGGAGAGGGCUUUAUUUCAUAUGGACAACUGCUAUAAGAUUCCCAACAUCCGGGGUACUGGCCGAUUAUGCAAGACCAACUUGCCUUCCAAUACAGCCUUCAGGGGCUUUGGGGGGCCCCAAGGGAUGCUCAUUGCUGAGUACUGGAUGAGUGAAGUUGCCCUCACCUGUAAACUUCCAGCAGAGGAAGUUCGAAGGAUGAACAUGUACAAGGAAGGAGACCUGACUCACUUUAACCAGAAGCUGGAAGGGUUCACUGUGCCCAGGUGCUGGGAUGAAUGCAUGGCAAGUUCACAGUACCAUGCAAGAAGGAAAGAGGUUGAGAAAUUUAACAAGGAAAAUUGUUGGAAGAAGAGAGGUUUGAGUAUAAUUCCUACCAAAUUUGGAAUCAGCUUCACACUUUCCUUUCUGAAUCAGGCUGGAGCUUUGAUACAUGUGUACACAGAUGGUUCCGUUCUUCUUACCCAUGGUGGUACUGAGAUGGGGCAAGGCCUUCACACCAAGAUGAUCCAAGUGGCCAGCAAAACAUUGAAGAUCCCUACCUCCAAGAUUUACAUCAGUGAAACAAGCACCGCUACAGUGCCCAACACUUCUCCUACAGCUGCUUCUGUCAGUGCUGACAUCAAUGGACAGGCUAUCUAUGAAGCAUGUAAAACCAUCUUACAAAGACUGGAACCCUUCAAAAAGGAAAAUCCCAAUGGUUCCUGGGAAGACUGGGUUAAGGCUGCCUACGUGGCACCAGUGAGUUUGUCUGCCACAGGAUUUUAUAGAACACCCAAUCUGGGUUAUAACUUUGAAACCAAUUCUGGAAAUCCCUUCCACUACUUCUCCUAUGGUGUAGCUUGCUCUGAGGUUGAGAUAGACUGUUUAACAGGUGAUCAUAAGAACAUCCGCACAGACAUUGUCAUGGACGUUGGCUCCAGCCUGAAUCCAGCUAUAGAUAUUGGACAGGUGGAAGGGGCAUUUGUUCAAGGCCUUGGCCUUUUUACUCUGGAGGAACUGCAUUAUUCUCCUGAGGGGAGCCUUCAUACUCGGGGACCCAGCACCUACAAGAUCCCUGCUUUUGGCAACAUUCCUAUUGAGUUUAGGGUUUCUCUUUUACGGGAUUGUCCUAACAAGAGAGCCAUCUAUGCUUCUAAGGCAGUAGGAGAGCCCCCUCUCUUCCUGGCCUCCUCCAUCUUCUUUGCCAUCAAGGAUGCCAUCUCUGCAGCCCGUGUUCAGCAUGCAGAUAAUAAAAUGAAUGAGCUCUUCCGGCUGGACAGCCCUGCUACCCCAGAAAAAAUCCGUAAUGCUUGUGUGGACAAAUUCACCACUCUGUGUGUUACGAAAGUGCCAGCAAAUUGCAAGCCAUGGUCUAUGAGAGUCUGAAAAGAAAGUCUACAAAGUCCUUGUUGAGCCGGAAAUGCCUCCAAGAGAAGGAAAACAUUUAUCAUGGGAUCCAAGAUUCUAAAUGCAUAACAUACAAUACACCUGGGUCAUCAUACCUCUGGAUUAAGGAAAUUGAACAUUUAGAAGAAUUUUAAUCUACUAUAUGAUUUACAACAGAUGUGAUGAGAAAAUUCAGAACUUAAAGAUCUCAAUAGUAGUAACUAAAUAGUGAUGUUUAUUUAUGUCAGAUUUAAUAUAAAAUCCAUAGCUUCCUUUACCAAAAAAAAAAUGUGUAAAUUUAGCACUAUUGCUUAGAAUAUCACCAGUGCCAAAAUCAAAAUCUCUCUAGAGAACCUUCACAAGUUGGGGUUUGCCUCCUUGGAUUUUUCAAUCAAGACUUACAACCUCCAGCAGCUUAGACUAGAGUUAUCUGAAAUCUACUUGCCUUCCUUUAAGAGAUUCUCUUUCUAAUACCAGAACUUGAAAUUCUGAGCUAUCCCCCUUUGUUUAAGGGUAAUCGAGAAUUGAUGUUCUAAAUUCUGCAAGAGCAAAAAAAGUGGCACUCCCAGCCUUUUGUUUGCUUAUAAAAAAGAAAAAAAUAAACUUCAUGUUGAUCUGACUUCAUUUUGUAGAGCUACAUGGAUCAAGAAAAGAAACAUGCUGUAGUGGAUAAAAUAUUGGGCUUGGGGGUAGGAAAACAAUUUUAAAUCCUACCUCUGACACUUACUAGCUGUGGAUUUCCUGGUAGAUCAUUUAAUGUCUUAGUAUUUCAGUAACUCCUGGGUCUUCUUUACUACGUUAUAGAUGGUUAGUAGAGAAAGCUUUUAAACCUGAGAGAAGGGGCAGCUGGAUGAUGCAGUGGAUAAAGCACCGGUCCUGAAUUCAGGAGGACCUGAGUUCAGAUCUGGUCUCAGAUACUUAACACUUCCUAGUUGUGUGACCCUGGGCAAGUAUCUUAACCCCAAUUGUCUCAAGGAAAAAAAAACCUUGAGAAGCUGAGAAAAAGCAAAGAUGCUUUGCAUAAAGCACAGAUUAAUCACCCAAAAAACCAAGCAGCAAAUCUUUAUUGAGUCCCUACUAGGUCCUACCAAGCUGAAAAGGCUAUGGAGUAGAGACCCAUGCAGGGAGGUAUGUAUGGAGUCCCUAGGGAGGAACUAUAUUUAAAGAGAUUUCUCAAGGCUCCCCAAAGGGUGAUACACAUCUUAGCCAUAACAGCUCCCAAAAACCUGUCACUAAGUUGUAGAGUGUAUAUGAUACAUGUUGAUAGAGUGAAUAACCAACUACAUAGAUCUUUUAACAUCCUCAGAGUAACCUUAGUAUCAGUGAUAACCUACUAAGUAAUUGCCCUCAAUCAUUAAUUAGCUAAUCAACUGUUAUUCAAUUCAGCCCUUUUUAAAAUAGGAAGUGUUCAGUGGAUUUGGAAGUCUCUAGGUUAUAUUUAUCAAUGUUGGAAAAGUCAUAAAUUAAGUGCUAUGAUGACCGAGAACCAAAACUAAGGUUUAUAAUUCUCAGUUCUGUGGUCCAGAGUGAGAAUGUAGGAAGGGCAUCUUGUCCAAGGUUUUUUUAGGUGUGAUGACAGAGGGAAAAGCCCUGCCCUGGAUUUUGAACAUGGAACUUCAGUACUUUGGGUUGCUUAGGCAGAAAGGGAGAAGUAGCAAGGUUCCUAGUGGAGGAGUGGUCAGUGAAAAUAUUGACUAAUAAGAGUUGUCCUUCAGAUUUCAUAAUGAAUGGAAACUCAUAAUGCUUUAACCUUUUCUUGUAUAAAUGAUUUAAAAAUGCCAAGUGCUAUAUAAAUGUAAGAUGUUAUUGUUAAUGAAAAUAAUUUCAUGCAUCUUUUUUCCAAUGAAACUAUGUUAAGUUACCCCAAAUUGACUACGCUUAGAAUGUAAUUUCCUUAUGGGGUAGGGACAACUUCAUUUUUAUUUUUCAUCCCUAGCUUUUAGGACAGGUCCUAGCACAUAGUAGACUUUUAAUAAAUUCUUAUUGAUUCAAAAGGAGCAAGAAGAGACGAAAGAAAGCUGCAAAAUCCUAUAGUUAGAACUCCAGAGAACAUGCAGCCCAAUCUGUACUUGAAUAGGAAUAUUCUUUACAACAUUUCCAAAUGAUCAUUCAGGUGUUUCCACUCAAAUAUCUUCAGUGAAGGGGAACCUACCAUCUCCCACGGCAUCUUAUACCACUUUUGGACAACUCUGAUUGUAAAAAGUUUUUCUUUAUAUUGAGCUUAAAUUUAUCCCUCUAAAAUCUUCAUUCAUCACUCCUAGCUUUGUUCUGUGAGGAUAAAACAUAUUGCAUCUAGUGCCUCUUCCAUAUUACAGUUCUUCUAAGAUGCAUGGGAUCCUGCUUCUUGUCUUGUUUUUUUGACUACUUACCUAUCCAAGCAAUCCAUUUCAUCACCUCUCUUUAGACCUCAGUUUCCUUAUCUGCACAGUAAGGUGAUUGGAUGAACGCUAAAGUCCUUUUUUGGUUAUAAAAAUUCGGUCAUUCUAUUAUUUCCAAAUGCAGAUUUGCUAUACUUAUAGAAAUGGAUCAGUUAUUAUUAUGGGCUAAUAAGAUGUAAAGACAUCUCUCUGCUUCCUGUUCCCUAAUAUUCCCUUCAUCCAAGGGGCAGAUAAAGAGAGCAAGAGAAAAGAAUGUAUUCUCCACUCUGGCAGCUAUGAGAUAAAGAAUGCUGCCAUCUCCUUGAACUCCUACUUUUGAUAAAAGAUUUCCCCUUUCUGAGUAGCUGAUUACUAUUAAGCAUGCUCUCACACAUACUGGAAGUUCUUGAGAAGCAGCUUGGAUGAUUAGAAUGUUUAAUGAGAGAAAUAAAUGAAGCUGUCAGCUAUUCCAGGGAAGGAGUAUCAGAAGGGUCAAACCUACCAUUGGCACAUGUUAUGUGCUAAUAAAUGAUCAUACUUACCCUUAAUGAUAAUGAAGGUGCCUUUUUUUUUUUGCUUUCUUUUCUGAUACAUGAAGAAAAAACAAUUAGUAAUAGUAGUAUACAAAUACACAAGUAUAAAAAGUAUAUACAAAUAUAUAAGUAUACAAAGUAUACGAGUAUACAAAGAGGAAAGUAACAUAGACCUUGGCUCUCAAGGAGCUUACAUUCUAAUUGGGGAGAGAAUAUAUACAGAAGAUUUUAGCUGCAAUCAAAUGGAAAGAUCCCACACUCCUUAAAGUAUGGAAGCAAAGCAGAUGGUAAUACAUUAUCUUUAAAGACAUUUUUGUUGACAAAAUCCCAGCACUUAUACAAUUUUGCCUUUUUUAUACAAUUUUCUUUUCAUUUACAGUGGGCUUAAGACUGGGAAUCAUCAAAACUUAUGUUUGAUUUUACCUGGAGAUCCACAUGGGAAAAUUAUAGCUUUGGGGGGCAACUUUCUUUGAAAAUUGCAAGUUAAAAUUUUUGAUUGCCAAACAAGCAAUGGCUUAGACUUUCCCUUACUUAAUUUAUGUUUUAGGACUACUACUAAACAGAUCCUACAUUGUAAAGGUGAUACAAAAACAGAAGGAAGAGUAUUUUUCCACUGGAGUUUAAAAGGCUAGGAGGUCUACUUAAGGUUAUCUAUUGAAGUGUAAUCUUGCAAUAAAAAAUGAGAGGGGCAUACCUUCAGAAAGAAUUUUUGUUUUGUUUUGUUUUGUUUGCUUAAAUCAAAAUUAAUCAUACUUUUUACUAUCAUUUCAAAUAGGCUGGGUAAAUAAGUCCAGGAUGAAGUAUAACAUCUUGGUCUAUGAAGUAACUGCCUUUCCUAGAUCUAUGAUCUGAUGAACACAAUGGCAGAAAUAUUUCAGAAAUAAACCUCAGUUUGACUUCCUCACUUUUGUGCUCAGACCUGUUUGAUGCCUUUUAUUUCUCAACUUAAUCAGAGCUGAACAUGAUUUUCAUUCAUACUGACAAGGAAAGACAAUAUAUGCCUGAAUUGUUGGUUGAUUUGAUUAAUUCAGAUAAAAUUUAUGUAUCUUUUUUUUUUCCUUUUGGUAGGAAAGAUGAUUUAAUAUAAAGAUUUCUGAUCAUUUCAUACUGUUAUCAAGAAAAAUUCUAGAUCUUUGGGCACAGAAAUCAAAAUUAAAAUGCUCAUUUA